AUGAGUAGCACCUCGCGAGGCGCCGCGCCAUCGUGGGUCGAGACUCGAAACAAACAAAUCUUCUCUUGCCGUCAACUCACGCUCUCGUUGAGGAAGGUGGCGUUCGCCUUCAGUCCAGUUGUCCCACCCAAGCGACUACGCACCCCCCCCCUCCUCCCCGCGCCGGUUCAUACGGGAACGGUCAGGUGCCCUUCGUCGUCGUCCAUUCUCUACACUUCCCUUGCCUCUCCUCACCUCGUCUUUCCGACCGUCUGGCGCGACGACGGCAGAGGCGACGGCAAGCUUCGACGGCGGAAGCCAGAUCUACGCGCGUCCCCUGAUUGCAACCGACCGGCCAGCUCUCAAGGCGACACGACCCAGCAGCGGAGCGCGCCCUUGGACUCGAAACUUCAACCAUUCGACCGCCGGAGCCCAUCGGCCGUCUCGCCGAGCGGAACAAUCACGGACAGCACUGUCCGACGUCGGCUGGCCAAGAACCGACAGCCGCAGGUCAUCGUCCGACCAUCCAUCUCGUCCGACCAUCAGACUCAUCGACCGAAGCAGAUCCCCUCCCUGUGA